UUUUCACUCGAGCUGCUGCUGGAGUUAAGCUGGGUGAGGAAUUAGUCCUGAGCUGUUUUUGAGUGCAGGAGUUGGGGAAAACGGAGAGAAGAUAUUUGUUUGCUUGAUUCCACAUGACAACUCCAGGGUAACUGAACAGACUGUACGGUUGGGUUGACAGGGCUGUGCCAGCAGCCUCACAUUCCAGAGGCAGGGGGAUGGAAGGGGCACUGACAACUGCAAUGGAUCCCACCCGAAUUUCUCCAAAGAGCGACAAUUUGCCUUCAAUUAUUAAUGGUUUUCAGAGGUUUCCCUUCUGAGAGCAUCUUUCCUCUGAGGCACCCCAAGCCCUUCCCAUAACCCCGUGUGCUCAGCAUGGACACAUGUCUGCCAGUGCCAGCUGCCCAUUAGCAGCAAACAGCACAACCUUGCAGAGAGCAAGGAGAAGCUGAAGGAACAAUUUAAUGCCUGUGCAAGGGAAGUGUUUUCAGCACUGUCACACAAUGUAGGCAUUAGGAAGACUUGCUAUAAUUCCAUCUCAAAGAGCUCAUGAUUGGGGCCAAGGAAGUCUUGAAAUACACCCGAGAUUUAUUCCUCAUAUUAAAUUGAUCCCUGCUCGCCAGGACUGCCUCCAUCCUGUCCCCAGCUGAGUGGUUCAUGCCCAUGGUGCCCUCAGAGGGUGGCUGAGCACAGCCAUGCAUCAGCUCUUUGGGCUGGUUCUGGCACAGAAGGACCUUUCCCGGGCGGGGGAUCUCUUCUCCUUGGAGGAUGCUGAGAUCGAAGGGAGCCUCUCCGAAGCUCUGGAGCAAAUCAGGAUAAUUAGUUCAGCUGCAGACUACCAGAGCAAUGACAACGACCAGGCCGUGGUGGAGAUCUGCAUCACCCGCAUCACCACGGCCCUGCGCGAAACCGCCUCCAUCGAGCGGCACGGCCGGGCCCUCGUGGCCCUCUGGGAGUCCUGCCUGGAGCACAACCUGAGGCCCUCGGGCGGGGAGGAGGAUGCACCACACGCCAAGAUUGCCUCUGACAUCACGAGCUGCAUCCUGCAGAAUUACAACCGCCCCCCAGUCAUGGCCUUGGCUGUUCCAGUGGCAGUGAAGUUUCUCCAGAGGGGGAACAAGGAGCUGUGCAGGAACAUGUCCAGUUAUCUCUCCUUGGCUGCGAUUGCCAAAGUGGAUCUGCUGGCUGAGCACACGGACACCAUCGUCAGGAGCGUCCUCCAAGGGAACUCGAUGCUGCUCCGUGUCCUGCCCGCGCUCUACGAGCAGCAGCCGCGGCCGAUCGCGCUCCGGCUGCGGGACCUGCUGGCACUGACGGCCCAGCUGGACCAGGCAGAGCAGCUCCACCUCCUCAGGCUCCUCCAGGCCGUGGCCAGGAACAGAGAACUCGGGGUGCUGACAGAGUGUUUACCCUUUUUAUUUGGGCAUUUGAGGGACCCCAACCACAGUGACUUGAUUCUAAACAUCCUCAUAGAAAUAUCCAGCUACGAACCAACAGCCUUGGCCCCUUUUCUGCCGACGCUGAAGGAGGUUGGGGAGCGUUUUCCAGGUCUGAUUGGGCAAACAGCAAAGAUCUUUGGAGCUGUUGGGCACAUUGAUGAGGAGAGAGCCAGGACCUGCCUGCUGUACUUGGUGAACCAGCUGGCCAACAUGGAGCACUCAUUUCACCAUAUUCUGCUGCUGGAGAUUAAGAGCCUCACCGACACCUUCUCGAGCAUCCUGGGCCCCCAGAGCAGGGACAUUUAUCGCAUGAGCAACAGCUUCACUGCCAUAGCCAAGCUCCUCGUCCGGCAGCUCGAGGCUGACAGCACACCAGGAGCCAGGGUGGAAAAGGACACUGAAACAGAACCUCCUGUGCCACUGGAGGACUUAAAAUCUGUCGUGGAUGGAAAUGAGGAAGAUGAAAAGCUUCAAGUCAAAAUCCAGGCUUUUGAAGAGAAAAUAAAUGUUGACAACAGCACUCCUGGUUCAGUGAGGAGAUACAGCCUGGGCCAGGUUUCCAAAGAAGAAAGGAAGGAUAUGAGAUUUAACAGGUCCAAGAGCCUGGCCCUGCACGCCCUGCGCACCAAGGGGCCGAGCUCGGAGGGGGGACAGGACGAGGAGAGUGGGGAGGUCCCUGCUGGAAUCUCCUUCACUGAGAUCUACAUCAGCCAGGACAACGAGAAACUGCCCUUUGGGGUGGAUCCCGAGGCGGUGCCACUGGGAAAUUCCUUGGUGUCACACCAAAGUGUCGAUUGCCCGGAAUCAGCAGAUUUGGUGGAAUCCACUCAAGAAAAGGCCCUGGAAGGAAGUGCAGAGGCAGCACCUGUGGAAUACCAGGAUAAGCUCUACCUGCACUUGAAGGAAAACCUGGGUAAAGUGAAGGAAUAUGUGACAGAGAUGGGGAGGAAGAUUCCCAUCCCUGACCAGUGUGUGAUCGAAGACACUGUCAGAAGCUGUGUAGCAAAGCUGUUCUUCAGCUGUCCCCUGAAGGGCCACUACUGCUUGUACAGCAAGUCCAGCUUCACCCUGGUGAGCCGUCAGCCUCCCCUGUGGAUCCACAUCAUGUUCCUCUUCCAGCAGAGCUUGUUUGCAGAACCCUUGUCCAUACAGAGCAAUUCCGUGCAAGUCCUCAAGGCCCUGUGGGAGAAGACGCAGCUCAAGGGGACGCACAGCUUUGAAACUGCCAUGAUCCAGGCCACAUUCCCCCACCAAAAGGACCUGGACCACGUGCAGAUGCACCUGGAAGAAGUGAGGUUCUUUGAUCUGUUUGGCUACAGCGAGGAGGCAGGAGCCUGGCAGUGCUUCAUGUGCAACAACCCCGAGAAGGCAACAGAAGGACGACCCCGACGAGAGCCCCAUCGAGCUCAGCAAGGUGCAGAGUGUCAAAGUGGUGGCGCGGAAGCGGCGGGACCGGAGCCUGCCCCGGGCCUUCGAGAUCUUCACGGAGAGCAGGAGUUACGUGCUGAAGGCGCAGGACGAGCGCCGGGCGGGGCAGUGGCUGCAGUGCCUCAACGUGGCCGUGGCGCAGGCGCGGCAGCGCGACAGCCACGAGGCCACCACCUACCUGUAGCUCUGCUGCCACCACACCUGGGGGCAAGGACAGCUGCUCCCUCACCUCCCGGUCCCAGUCCUGCUCCUCAGGGACCCGUGGGGAGACCUGGUUUGCAGAGGGGGCCGUCGGUGACAGCACUGGGUGAGUGGUGCCUGCCCGCCCUGGCACGGGGACACUGGUGGUGUGGGAGCAGCUUCCACCUUCUCGUGGGAAAUCCAGGGUGUUUUUAGCUCAGCCCAAUGUCCUGAAAUACAGGGAAUGUGAUUAGAAACAGCCUGGACCCCAACCCCUCAGCCUGUGCCCGGGUCUGGGUGGCUGCUGAUGCUGUCGGGAGCAUUGCAGGCCUAAGGACCUUCUGCUUCCCUCGGUCGCUUGGAUGGAAAAAGUUAAUUUUCCUUAUUAUUUAAUCCCAGUGGACUUCAUCCUUUUGCUGUUUAUAUGUGUCUGUGCUGCUUCUUUCAGGUUUAAACUGUGCAAAUCUGAAAGAUUUCACACUGCUGGGAAAUGAUUUAAAAUAUUUAACUGUUUCGAUUUUCCCUCUUUUUCCUGCUUUUGCUCCCCUUUGUAACUGAGUGUAAUUUUUAAAUUCUAUUUUCCCUUUUUUUGUUUUAAAUUGUCUUCUCUGACUGUAACUCUUCAAAAUUUCUCCAAACCUGAAAAAUUCCCAGUUUGCUUGAUUUUCUUUGUUGCUUUCAAAUGAUUCCAAAGUGGAGGAAGUACUGCAGGAGAGACUGAAAGCAAAAGAGAGGGGGAAAAAAGGAAUGAGAAGUCUGCAAGUGAAGAAAUUAACUCAGAGAUCAGUCAAGGCUGAGCAGAAAUAAAAUUUGAAAAUUUCCAACCUAGAAAAAUGUAUAUUUUGCAAAAAAAAAGUUGUUGCCAAAAGGAUGGGAAAAUCAGGAAAAGCUGCUUUUUGCUGUAAGAUGUUCCUUGCACUCGGUGGCAGAAGGAGCCCACUGGUGUUUGGCAGCUCCUGGCAGAGCGUGGCAGUGGAAUCUGCUUUCUGGAAUGUUGUCCUGGUGAUUUUGGGUGGUUUGGUGAGGAAGUCAGAGGGGCAGGAGGAGAGCUCUCCCAGUGGCCCAUGAGAUGCCUUAAGCAGCUCCAGACUUCCUGAAGCUCUCGGCGUCCGGAGAGACGCUGGAACAUUCAAAUUCCUGAAAACCCUCAUAUCAGCUGAGAUGUGGAGGUGAGAGUCAGGCCACAGGGUGUGGCAAAGUGAGCAGAAGAACCUUGUUAAAGCUCAGUUCAGCCACAGAGGCUGUGGGAAGCCCAUCACUUCCAGGCAGCAGGGCCAGGGGAAGGAAAGGCACACGGGGGGAAAUUUCCACGGCUGCUCUGGCCCACGAGGAAAGGAGAUUUCAGCCAUUUAAUUUUCAAUCCCUGGACCAAUAAAUCCUUUUUUUGCCCACAGGACACAUCACUGAAUCUGAGGGGAAUGAAGUUAAUUUCUAGGUGUGAACUCAUGGGUUUAUGGUCCUGAGUUCCAAAAUUCUCUCCUGUACUAAACCCUGCGUUCACCCAUCACGGUGUGAGUUCAGUGACAUGGGAGGUUGGCCACUAAAAACAAGUUUUACAGACAAAAUAGUCUGUAUUUCUCAACCUGGAUGCCAAGUUUCAGUCUGGCACCAAGGAGUGAUGUCAUCAAUGUCAUGGCAUCAUGAGUGUAACACUCCUCGUGUGGGAGGCAAACAGGGCUCUGUUCCACCUGCUGUCCCCAGCCUUGUCACCAGCACUUCGCUGUCACCAGCCCUCACAUCCUGCCUCCCAAUCCCAACGGGAUGGGAACAAUAUGGGAUGUGCAGCUCUGGAGUCAGAGAGAGCCUGGGUCCUGUGCCAGACAACCAUUCCCUCAAAUAAGAAGCUCAGCCACACUUCUCCUGACUUAAAUUAAAACUUGGAGGAAAAUAAAAGAGAAAUUCAGCUGGUAACUUAUUCUAGUCAUGCUCCUGAAAGGAGAAACACAGAAAUCAUCAAUCUAGUGUAGGAUGAGAGCAGGGAACUUCUCAAGCAAAUAUAUAAAUAGUUUUUACUGGUUCUUUUUAAAACAACAUGUAUAGGAACGCUUUGGAUUUAAAUCUCUGCCACCCUCUGAGCAGGGAAGGUGUUGGUGGCUCUGGCUGUGCUCAAUUCCCUCAGCUGGUUUGCUCAUCCUUGCAGAUGACAAUGUGAGAGCUCUUGGUGGGCUCAACAGAGGGUCCCUGGGCUCCUCUUGGACAAAGGGAUGGAUGCAAGGGCCCUCCUUGGCCCCAGCACCAGGACUUGGGGAGCGUCUGCUCCUCCCUGCCAGGAACAGCCUCUGUCUUGCACAACUUCCAGCACAAAAGGUGUCAUUGUCUUUCUCUGGGGGUGUGAGUUCCCCUUCCCUGUGCAGUCCUGUUCUUCAGCAGGGUUUGGGGGGGGAGCAGAGCCUCACGGAGAUGGGGAGAGGGAUAAAUCCCAGCCCUGUCUCUAAGAUACACCAACCCCCCGGUGUGUCCCCCAGGGGCAGUAGCAGUGCCACUUCCAGGGGGUCCAUGGGAGCAGGGGAGCUCUGGGGGGGUCCUGGCCGUGACCCUGGGGCUCAGCCAGCCUGUCCCCCUGUCACAGUGAGGCAUCACCUCCCUGCCAACAGGGAGAGUUCCCAGUCCAAACCAACUCCCCCCGUCCCUCUACAAACUGGGGGCACAGACCAAGGCUUAGGAUCUAAACCUGAGCCAGCAGCUGGAAAACCAGACCCAAAACCAGACCAAAAUCCAGACGUGAACACUCCUGAAUGGGACCAAUUCCCAAACCCUCCAAGCUUUACAGAUCAGCAUCACUUCUCCAGGAAACAAAUCCUUCACCAUAUUGCCUCCCACUUACGUGAUCGUGCUUAUGUGAGGGCAACAAUGCGUGUUUUCCUGGAAGAGCUGAUGCCCACCGUGAUUUCUGUGCCACAUCACACGGACCUUCCAGGAAUCCCAGCCUGGGUGAGUGUGUGGCCUCACAUUGCACUCAGGAACAACUGGAGCUCAGGCACCGCUUCCUCGCCCGCCCGAUGCUGGGAUGACAAAGGGAGUGGUGGGCUGGCUCUGGCACAGAGGAGCUGGCUCACACCUCGGGGCCAUGCACUGCUCCCAUCACACAGCACCUCUGCAGGGAGGACGGGAGCCGACCCAGCCCGGGAGCUGCUCUCCCACUGGCAGCGUGGGAUGAGGGGGGGCUUCCAGCUGUGUGCAGUCCACAGGGGAGCCCCUGGAGCACAGCCUUGCUGGGAAUGGGAGUCGGACUGCAUGACCUCCCCAGGGUCCCUGCUGGGGGGACUUAGAAUUCUGGGACAGAAUUAUUCUGUGACCUACAGCAGGGCAAGAGGAUUCCCAAAAACGCAUUGGCAGCUGCAUUACUGCGUCCAAACACCCUGCAAAGCACAGCCCAGAGCCCUCCUGUGCUGGAUGGGGCUGCUGAGGGCGAGUUCCCUCCUCAGAGGACUGCAGAGAGAACAGAAAUGAGGAACAGACUUCUCUGUGCCUGGCCAUGAGCUGUCGGGGUGGGGGGAAUAAUGGGGGAAACCUGUUCCCCUUCCUUCCUUCAAAACUCUGCGUGUCACUGCUGCCCAGAGGCACUCCAGCUGCCCCAUCCCUGGGAGUGCCCAAGGCCAGGUUGGACGGGGCUUGGAGCAACCUGGGACAGUGGAAGGUGUCCCUGCCCAGGGCAGGGGGUGGGACUGGAUGGGCUUUGAGGUCCCUUCCAACCCAAACCAUUCCAGCAUCACAUGAAGGGAGAGCAGCACUUAGAGCUGCUCCCAAGCCGAGUUACAUCACAAGUAACACCACGUGUUUCUGCAGCUCAGGGAACAUGAAGAACAAAAUAGUUCCAUGAUAAAAGGUUUGUAGGAUAAACAGGAAGAUUAGUAAUAUUUAGCCAGGCAAAUAAUACAGAAUCAUUGAUUUCUCUAACAAAUUUAACUACUUCCUGUAAUUCUUUGUUGCUCACAAGCAAACAAUUUUUGUUUCAAAUAUUCUAUUUUGUUCUAUUAUUCCCCAAGAAAUUCUUGUGUUCCUUCUGGUUAAGUGUUUGCAAAUGGCUCUCUUAUGACCCCUCACACCUGGGCCAUGCUGGUCAGAUUUUCUGCCCAGACAGGUAUUCCUGUGCCCAGGUGGGAUGGCAGGAUCACCAUUCCUGAGCCAGGUGGAAAACAAGAGUGUUCACCCACAAACCUCCUCAUUAAAAUGUUGUUUCCUCCUCGGUGCUAAA